AUGGAAGAGCUGGUGAAACACCUGUCCAGGUGUCAACACAUGGGUUGGAUGAAUGUGAUUGAGCUGAAGAGCGCCUCCAUCCAUUGGCUGUCAUUUGGUCGAAAGGCGGAGCCUGAUGUGUGGAGUAAAAUGUUCUGCAUCCUGUCAGAUUCUCAGUUAUUGAUGCUGAACAACCUGGAGGUUCAUCCUCUGCUGCUGGCCGAGCGGGCGGAGACCUGCACUGUGUGGUUGCUAAGAUACACUCUCCAUGUGACCUCAGCACCUCCUCGCUCCGCCCACAAAGAUGUUCCAGAAAGAGGGGUUCGUCGACAGAGCAUGCCCAGUAACUCUGCGGUGGACACCCCCACCACCAGAGUGACGGGGUUUCUCUCCCGGAGGUUGAAACAGUCUCUUCGUCGUACUCGAUCUCAGCCUAAACUGUCUCGUCCAAGCAGUAUGAGGUCUGACCUGAUCAACGCUGCUGAUACCAGGUGUGUGAUGCGGCGGCUGCGCUGUGGUAGCCAGGAGUCCUUGCUAAGUGCCAGCUGUGUGUCGUCUCUGGAGCUCAGGAUGGACCAAUCGGUGAUCAUCAAACCUGUUCACUCUUCCCUACUGGGCCAGGACUACUGCUUCGAGGUAACGACCUCGACAGGAACAAAGUGUUUCUCGUGUCGUUCGGCAGCAGAAAGAGACAAAUGGAUGGAGAACCUGAGAAGAGCCGUCCAUCCCAACAAAGACAACAGCAGGCGGCUGGAGAACGUGCUGACGGUGUGGGUGAUCGAAGCCAAAGACCUGCCUGCCAAGAAAAGGUACUUCUGUGAGCUGUGUCUGGAUGACAGUCUUUAUGCCCGGACGUCGUGUAAACUGAAGACUGACAACAUAUUUUGGGGAGAGCGUUUUGACUUCAGCAGUCUGCCGUCCAUCAACGCCGUCACUCUUCAUCUCUACAAAGACACCGACAGGAAAAGGAAGAAGGACAAGAGCAGCUAUGUCGGGUUGGUCAACAUCCCCGUCUCCACAGUGACGGGCCGACAGCUGGUGGAGAAGUGGUACGCAGUGAGCACGCCCAGCACCAGCAGGGGGAAGUCGUCCGUGCCGACGGUGCGAAUCAAAGCUCGUUAUCAGAGUAUCGUCAUCCUGCCGAUGGAGCAGUACAAAGAGUUUGCGGAGUACAUCAGCUCCAACUACCUGCUGCUCUGCAACACUCUGGAAGCCUCCAUCAGCCUGAGAGCUAAAGAAGAGCUCGCCGCUGCGCUCAUCCACAUCCUGCACAGCACCGGCAAAGCCAAGGACUUUCUGACGGACCUAAUGAUGUCAGAAGUGGACCGUUGCCGUGACAACGACCAGCUGAUCUUCAGAGAGAACACCCUUGCGACGAAAAGUAUCGAGGAAUACCUGAAGCUGAUUGGACAGAAGUACCUGCAGGAUGCCCUCGGUGAGUUCAUUAAGGCUCUGUAUGAGUCAGAUGAGAACUGUGAGGUCGACCCGUCUCGCUGUGUGACCUCUGACCUCGCAGAGCAUCAGGCCAACCUGAGGAUGUGCUGCGAACUCGCCUUCUGCAAGAUCCUCGACUCAUACAGGGUCUUCCCUCGGGAGCUAAAGGAGGUGUUUGCGUCAUGGCGACAGGAGUGCGGUAACCGUGGGCGACCAGACAUCAGCGAGCGUCUCAUCAGUGCCUCGUUGUUCCUGCGCUUCUUGUGUCCAGCUGUGAUGUCACCGUCACUGUUUGACUUGAUGCAAGAAUACCCCGACGAACGCUCUGCACGAACUCUAACCCUCAUCGCCAAAGUUAUCCAGACCCUCGCUAACUUUAGCAAGUUUGGGACUAAAGAAGAGUACAUGCUGUUCAUGAAUGACUUCGUGGAGCGGCAGUGGAGCAGCAUGCAGCGCUUCCUGCAGGAGAUCUCAAACCCGGACGGACUGAACCACACCGCCGGCUUUGAUGGGUACAUCGACCUCGGCCGAGAGUUGUCCAGCCUGCACACGCUGCUGACUGAGCUCGACCAGUCGUGUCUCUCAAAGCUCGGUCCUCUUCCUCGGAUCCUCAGAGACGUGUCAGUGGCUCUGGCUAAUCCUGGGGGCGUGGCCGUCUCCUCUCCAGAACCUCAGCGUGUGGUGUCUCCGCCCCCUAUGUCCCCGCCCCCUCUGUCCCCACCCCUCUCUCCUCCGCUGGCGACUUGUAAUCCCUCCAUCGGCCUGCAGGGUGGCGUUGGACUGGACGGAGGUUUGGUGGAUUUCACCAGACUUCCUUCUCCGACUCCAGAGAACAAAGAUUUGUUCUUUGUCACCAAAGGAUCCAGCCUGCAGCCCGCAUCAGGCCUGCAGGGCUCUCCGGCUCCGAGUUCAUCCUACUCAGAGCCCAAUGAGAACGAGGCGGGGUUUGAGAUGACCAACGGGGGCCGGAGGGAGGGGCCAGAUCUGACCAACGAGAGCCGUAGUCUGUCCCUGGUCGACCUGCAGGACUCCUCCCCUAGCGAUGGCCUCGAUGACAGCCAAUGGCAGCGUAGAACGGGCCUCCUCCCGCUCUCGUUCCAGAACCCCGUGUAUCACAUGACCACCACAUCGCCACGGCAACAGACGGACGCCACGCCUUCCGAUGGCUCGGUGGGGUCACAGGGAAAUGCGGACGACAGGAACGCCGUGACAACGAAACCAGCGUUUCUUACCCAGAUGUCAGUGGGGCUGGGAGGGGGGGAGAGAGGGGAGAGAGGGGAGAGGAUGUCGGCCAUGUCGAGCAGCAGCAGUGGAGAGGAGUACUCGAGACGAGCUCUGUCUCUCACUGAGACUCUCACAGGUAGCUCAGCCCCUCCUCGUCAGAACUCCUCAGGUCCUCAGAGACGCAUAGAUCAGCCUCCUCCGCCCUCUUCCGCUCCACCGGGACCUCCUCGAGGUCGGACGCCUCCCAGCAUGCUCAGUGGUGGCGGAGGCUCAGCCUACCCGCCUCGCCCCGCGUCCGGCAGCAUGAUGUCAUCGAGUCCUGAUUGGCCAAGCAGCGGCCAGUCACGGCUCAGACAGACGUCGUCGUCGUCUAAAGGAGACAGCCCAGAGAAACAACGACCUGCUGCCAAGGCUCCCUCUCCCUGUGCGUUGGAUCGUACAGCCGCCUGGCUCCUUAACAUGAACUCUGCCUCCUCCUAUGGUGAGGCUGAGGAGGAUCGUCAUGACGACGCCCUCAUAGAGAAGUACCAGCAGGAGAUUGCGUUGCUGCAGGAGAAGUUGCGAGUUGCAGCGUUGCGGCAGGAUGAGUGUGAAGCCCGACUGCUGAUCCAGGAUCAGCAGAACCAACGCAUGCUUCAGGAGUACCAGGCUCGGCUGGAGGACACAGAGAGCAGACUGAGGAGGCUGCAGGAUGAUAAAGACCUCCAGAUGAACAGCAUCAUCAGCAGGUUGAUGGCAGUGGAGGAGGAGCUGAAGAAGGAUCACUCUGACAUGCAGGCAGUGGUGGACUCCAAACAGAAGAUCAUAGAGGCACAGGAGAAGAGGAUUGCGAGUCUCGAUGCAGCCAACAGUCGUCUGAUGGUGGCUCUGACUCAGCUGAAGGAGCGGUAUGCUGUGACAUCUCAGAGGAAUGGCCUGUCUCCUAGCAACACGUCCUCUCUGCAGAUCACAGAGAAUGGAGAGUUCCGUAACGCUGGCAACUGCUGAGCUCUGAUUGGCUCUGAUGGAAGGAAGGGGGAGGGGCUUAUCUGCAUGAUGUCUGAGAGGCAGCAGGAGACCGGUCUAAUUCAUUAACCACGCCUCUUUAAAUCAGCUAAUCAGCACUGUCGUAGUUGCCACAAACUGUCACCUCCUGUAGAGGUGGAUCUGACCUCUGACCUCCUGUUGCUAGGUGGCCCUCAGUUCUUAUUUUUGUUUUGCAUGUUUCCUUUUUGAACAUUUUACAAAGACUGACAUCAUACUCUGUUUCCUUUUGGUACUUCCUGUUGAGAGCCAUAAACAACAACAACCAAACUGCACGUCUUUAUUAUCGCUCCAAACCACCUGGAAUAACUCCACCUGUAUCUGGCUCAUCUUUGGCUCUGUAUGGCCCUGGUCUGACAGGCUCAACUCCAGUCUUCUUGGACCAGCUUUGGCUGUGUAAGGUUUUAGUGGUUGCUCUUCUGGAAAUCUGGCUGUAUAUGGCUGUGGUUUCAUCAGAUAAACUGAAGUAACUUUAGGUGUGUAUGGCUCUUGUGUCAACAGAUUAACUUUAUGUAUGUGUGGCUCUUGUCUGACUGAACUGACCCCAGUCAUGUGUGGUUCCAGUUGUACUGGACCAACUCUGGCUGCGUAAGCCUCUGGUGUGACUGGACUGAUGGGAACAAUUGUCUAUGAUCCGACUGAGCUACCUGGAACCACUUUGGCGGCCUAUGGCUCUGGUCAGACUGGAAAAAGUCAAGCUUCAUACGGCUCUGUUGUACCUGUUUCCAUAUGUGACUGUGAUCUGACUGGACUAACUGGACCAACCAUGGAUGGGUACGGGUCUGGUGUGAAGCAAUUUCUGUUUGGAUAAAAAAGUUAAACUUUAUUCAGAGAUGACACGUUGGCAGUUCAGUUCUUUAGGUUUCGAUAUUUUUCCCGGCUAUGAUCGGCUCAGAUCAGCUUCAUCUGUGUGUCCGUUACACAGAGAGGGCUAGCGUAGCUUAGCACAAAGACUGGAAGUAGGGGAAGACUGAUAGCGUAGCUCCAGCAAAGGAGAACCAACCUCAAUGUGCUUGUGUUGAGCAUUUAGCCGCUCUGGGCUUCCAUAGCGUUGAACAUUUAGUUGCUCUGGUUCAGAGGUUGAUGUGAGACAGUUAGACGUUAGUUUGUGUUGUUUCAGAGAAUUCUACUGAUGUAAACAUCAGAUUUUAUUGUAUAGCAGUCAAAACUUUCAAUUGUGAUGAAUAGUUUGUGAACACACACAUGCACACACACACACACACACACACACACACACUCUGCUGUUGUGUACAGGACUCUGCUGGACUCUGCUGGACUCUGCUGUCUCUAUGCUGUGUUCACUGUGGCUUCUGUCUCUGUUCUGUAUUUAUGACUCUUUCUGUUAGAGAUCCUCUUCUUGUUAUUUAUCAACAUCAGUAUUUAUAAAGAGAUGCUCCAAUAAAAUAUUACACUAUCAGACUGUUGCCGUGGUGAUGAGUGACACCUCUGCUGAAGCAUCUUUCAGCUUACAGUCACAGACAGGCAGACAGACAGACAGGUAGGCAGGUAGACAGGUAGGCAGGCAGACAGGCUUUAU